UGAUUUCCUUCUAUAAAAGUCUCACCCUUUAUGAGAGCUUUUGGGUAUGUGGGAACGAGCUAGAACUUAGACAGUAAUUGCUUCUGGAUUUCCUGGGCUCACACCUUUUGUUUUUUGCUUACCUUUUUGGUAUUAUAUUGAAGGUUCUGUGUGUUGUUCAAAGAUUUGAUCUUUCUCGUGAGUAGGUCAACGCAGAGAGAGGUAAAGCAUUACUGGGUUACACUCUUUCCAGUAGUUCAAGGAGGAAUUUUGAAUGCAAAUUUGAAGGCUUUUGAGGGGUUUCGGAUUCCCCAUUUCCCUUUUUUGGAUUUCUGGAAUUGCUGCGUUUGAUUCACAGAAGAUAAAGAACGAACUUUGAGGGAGGAGAGGUGGUGGUGUUGGUUUGAACAAAUUGAAUGGGGAAUACAAGCAAGGAUGAAACCAUGGAGAUUGAGAAUUCCGAGAGGGAAAAUGUGGAGCAUAAUGGAGCUGUUGAAUCAGUGGAGGUGAACAGAAUCCCUCCAUGGAAGACACAAAUCACAAUCCGGGGACUUGUGGCGAGUGUGGUUAUUGGGAUCAUGUACAGUGUUAUUGUGCAGAAGCUGAACCUCACUACUGGUUUGAUUCCCAAUCUCAAUGUGUCAGCUGCUCUCCUGGCCUUUGUGUUUGUGCAGACUUGGACUAAGCUGCUCUCAAAGGCUGGGAUUGUGUCGAAACCGUUCACGAGGCAAGAGAAUACCGUGAUUCAGACUUGUGCUGUCGCUUGUUAUAGCAUUGCUGUUGGAGGAGGGUUUGGAUCUUACCUGUUGGGUUUGAACAGGAAGACUUAUGAACUAGCAGGAGUUGAUACUGAAGGGAAUACUCCAGGGAGCACCAAGGAGCCUAAUAUUGUUUGGAUGACUGGUUUUCUCUUCGUUACUUCCUUUGUUGGUCUUUUGGCUUUGGUUCCUCUUAGAAAGAUUAUGAUAAUAGACUAUAAACUAGCCUACCCAAGUGGAACCGCUACUGCUGUUCUUAUAAACGGAUUCCAUACUCCAAAAGGAGACAAAAUGGCCAAAAAGCAGGUUCAUGGGUUUAUGAAGUACUUCUCAUUUAGUUUCCUGUGGGCUGCCUUUCAGUGGUUUUAUGCCGGUGGGGAUCAAUGUGGGUUUGCUCAGUUUCCAACAUUUGGAUUGAAAGCUUGGAAAAAUACAUUCUACUUUGAUUUCAGUAUGACAUACAUCGGAGCAGGAAUGAUCUGUUCCCAUCUUGUGAACUUAUCCUUGCUUUUUGGGGCUGUUGUCUCUUGGGGAUUAAUGUGGCCCUUAAUAAAGGGCCUUAAAGGAGAAUGGUUUCCUGCAACUGUAUCAGAAAGUAGUAUGAAGAGCGUAAAUGGAUACAAGGUUUUUAUUUCCAUUGCCCUGAUACUAGGAGAUGGGCUGUACAAUUUUCUCAAGAUUCUUUACUUUACUGGCUCAAGUAUCUACACCAAACUGAACAGGAAGGACCUCGCUGUAGCUGAUGUUUCGAUUGACCCAAAUCAGCCUCUUGAUGAUCGCCAACGAAAUGAGGUCUUCAUAAGAGAUAAGAUUCCUAUUUGGGUAGCAUGCGUAGGGUACACACUGUUCUCCAUUGUCUCCAUCAUUAUUGUCCCUCUCAUGUUUCCUCAGCUGAAAUGGUAUUAUGUAGUCGUUGCCUACAUUCUUGCACCAUCUCUAAGCUUCUGCAAUGCCUACGGUGCGGGUUUAACAGACAUGAACAUGGCCUACAACUAUGGGAAAGUAGCUCUUUUUGUGCUAGCUGCUGUGGCUGGGAAACCUGAUGGCGUUGUUGCAGGACUCGUUGGUUGUGGUUUAAUCAAGUCCAUAGUUUCAAUCUCCUCUGACCUUAUGCAUGAUUUGAAGACGGGGCAUCUAACUCUCACAUCUCCUCGAUCAAUGAUUAUUAGUCAGGCUAUUGGGACAGCUAUUGGCUGUGUGGUAGCUCCUCUGACAUUCUUUCUCUUCUACAAGGCUUUUGAUGUUGGUAACCCAAAUGGUGAAUACAAAGCCCCUUAUGCCAUCGUUUAUCGGAACAUGGCAAUUCUUGGGGUGCAAGGCUUCUCUGCCCUUCCCCAACAUUGCUUGCAACUAUGUUAUGGUUUUUUCGGCUUUGCCAUAGCAGCCAAUUUGCUGAGAGAUCUUGGUCCCAAGAGUGUUGGCAAGUAUGUCCCCCUUCCGAUGGCUAUGGCUGUUCCAUUCUUGGUUGGAGCUUACUUUGCGAUUGACAUGUGCAUGGGGAGUUUGAUCGUGUUUGUGUGGCACAAACUGAAACAUAAUAAUGCCAAUCUGAUGGUUCCUGCAGUUGCUUCUGGUUUGAUCUGUGGAGAUGGAUUGUGGAUUCUCCCUUCUUCGAUUCUUGCAUUGGCCAAGGUUCGCCCUCCUAUCUGUAUGAACUUCUUGGCAAGUUAAAUUGGCAGACAGGAAAAAAAAGUGCUAGUUAGUGCUGUACGAGACUACUAGUGGAGUUGCCACAGUUUCAGAGUAGUAUAGCCUGUAUAGGAAACUCAGGAAGUUCCCUUUUUGUUCAUAUUUUCACUCAAAUCAUAAUAACUAAGCCUAGCAGAUGACAGAUAACAGGAUGUUGUAUCCUACAUCAUAAGUUUAAGAGGUUAUAGGUUAUGAUGCACGUAAGGUGUAUCAUCUUCAAAUGAAAUAUAUAUGAUUUGAGCACCAGAAUGAGCAUAGAAACUGCAGCAUUAUGUUGCUUUCCUCAACCAACUUGAUUGUUAAGUCCGAUCUGUGAUGUAAAUACAUCUCACACAACGCAAAUUUGAUUUUUUACUUCCAUUUCA